AUGGCACGGCUGACGGCAGUCGUACUGCCUAUCCUGAGUGAAAUAGACUAUCGGGAUAAAACGAGCGAUGGAGCCGAGCCGCAGCGCUCUCUCAUACUGAACAUCGCAUCGGGGGGUACGUAUGGCAGCCCUUGGCUUGUCAUGUACGGUGCAACCAAAGGCUUCAACUGGGCCUUGAGCAACGCACUUGCAAUGGAGUUAGAAGCCGAACGCGAGACUCAGAACGUGCAUUGCUUGUGUGUUGUGCCUGGGGAUGUGAAGAGUCAAGGGAAUUCGUUAUGGGUAACGAAGGGGUCUCCAGACUCCAGCACUUUUGGAAGGCUAGUAGUGAGUCGAAUUGACGGCGCCAUUUCCAUAGGGUGGCGGGAAAUGAGACCCUACUGGCUCCAUGACUUGCAAUGUUAUUUGUUGCGUGUCAUUCCGGAGAGCCAAAGACCAGGGCGUUGGUUAACGUGA